AUGUUUAAAUUAGUAGUCGCUCUACUCUACGUGUUAUUCGCUGCUGAAAGUUGUAGAUCCGUGGGCGUAUACCCUUAUCCCAGCCUUGGCAGUAGAUCGGAAGACCUACAGGUUCAACCCGGAGGAACCUGCAUUUCGGCGAUGAGGCCGGUGAUGGACUAUGUCGUCGCCAACCAGGUUCGAUGGAAUACCUGUGAGGAAAUCAUAGCAAGUCACACCCAGUCGGAACACAACCAGAUAAAAUCCCAGUUGGCAACCCUGCGAGAUGCCCUGACCACAGCAAGGGACACCCAUGAGUCCAGGAUAGAGUCCAAUGAAGAUAGGAUCUUCCCUCAAAAGGAGAGUCAGCACAAAGGCCUUGAGGAAAGGAUUGACAGGAUAGAGGGGAUGUUGAGUUCCAUGGGAAAUCAGCUAUCAGCUUUGCAGGAAACAUUAUCCAAAAUUUUGACGACGCUGGAGCCAAGGACAUUGAAAAUACCGCAAAACUAUGAGCAAAUCGGCACCAGAUACUUUUACAUUCAACACAGUGGUUUCGUUUCUUGGACUGAUGCUGAAAUCGCAUGUCGUCGGAAAUUCGGACGACUAGCAUCUGUCCAAAAUGAGAAGGAGCUUUCGGCCAUCAGUGCGAAACUCAAGAAAGAUACUUCCUAUUGGCUGGGUAUAAACGAUCUAGCCUUAAGGGGUGACUUUGUGUCCUUAGCCUCCGGGAACCGAGCAUCCUUUUUAAAGUGGGCACUUGGUGAACCAAAUUAUAUAAAUGGCAAAAUGCACUCCGUUGCCAUAUUAAAUGGCCUCAUGUGGGUAGCGAUGUGCGAGCGGAAAAUGAGUUUCAUUUGUCAGUCAGAUGAGGAAAUUUAAUUAUA